AGUGCAGCCACUGGUGCUUGCUCAGCCUUACUGCUCCGGCCGAGCCUAUCUAGGGUCCUCCUUUCCCCUCGCUUUUCCAAUAAAUAAAAGUAACUGGUAAAGACUAAGAAAGAGUGCUGUUCAGUAAUUCAGUUCUGAGGCCCCUGGCCUUGGGGCAGCUUCUUUCAUGAAAUUAUGGCCACUAAUCAAGCAUGUUUAGAUAUUGGGGACUUGAUUAAUGUUCUUGACUUAUUAAAAAUAUGUGGCUUUCAAAGAACAAAGUGGCAAGAGCUGGGACUGAGACUAGGACUAGUAAAGGAUACGCUGGAAGCCAUUGAAGCAAAUCAUCGUGGUGAUGUGUAUCAAUGCUUGACAGAGUGUAUCUCCCAAUGGCUCCGUAGAGCUGAUAAUGUUGACAGUAGAGGAGGAGCCAACUUGGACUCACUGUCAGAUGCUCUGCAAUCUAUGAAUGAAACUGCUGUAGCUGAGAAGUUAAAGCAUCAUGUUCUUAUUAACAUUUUUAAUAAUCGUCAUAUUGUCCUGUCUCAGUCUCUUUGUGAUUCUGUUGCUAUUGCUCGGUUACUUCAUGGUGAACAUAUGUUAACACAAGAAGCAGUUAGUAGAGUGGUGUCAGCUAGUCCCUCUAUUCCUAAUCAACGUGAGGCUCUAUUAACUGCUGUCAAAGAAGUUGUUCAAACUGAUCCCAACAGUUUACAUACAUUUGCUAAUGUAUUGUGUACAAUAAGUACUAAUAAGUCUAAUAUGCAAGUAGGACAAACUAUACUGGAUGAUAUUAGUGAGUAUGAUAAUCUCUGUAUUCUCAUAAGAAUGUGUUGUUAAGCCUA